AUGACUUUAACUGACCAAAGAGGAAUAGCUGGAGGAAGAAACAAGCUUUCGGAAACCAUAGUGCAAAAAGUUGUUGACCAAAUAAAUAAAAUACCUCGAUAUAAAUCGCAUUACAGAAGAGAAAAAACGGAUUCAGAUUUUCUACCACCCGGAACAACAAUACAAAAAAUGUAUGAAGUUUAUUGUUCAGAGGAAAAUAAUCCGAUUAGUAUUGCUUCCUAUAAAAUAAUUUUUUAUAGCAAAUUUAACCUAAGAAUGAAACCCUUAAAAAAAGAUACUUGCAAUACUUGUGAUAGGUUAAAAAUCCAGAUGGACAAUGAGAAAGACUUUGAAAAGAGAGAAGAACUUAAAGUGAAGCAUAGCGAACAUUUGGAGCUAGCAGAAGGAUCUCAAAAAUUACGCAGGCAGCAUUUCAAAACAGCCAAGGAAAAUGAAGAUUAUGAGUGCUUGACUUUCGAUUUAGAGAAAACUUUACCAUUGCCCAGAAUACCCACGAACAUAGUAUUUUACAAGCGCCAGCUUUGGGUCUAUAAUGCUGGUGUACACAGUGGCAAAAAAGAGCUAGGUUAUUGUUAUGUUUGGAUUGAAGGGGAAGCUGGACGAGGAUCCCAAGAAGUGGGUUCCUGUUUACUAAAACACAUUCAGCAUCAAGUUUCUCCAACUGUUAAACAUCUUAUUCUCCGGAAUGAUGUGGUGGUCAAAAUCGAAAUAUCAAUAUAA